AUGCGUCGUGGUCCACAGGAUCGCGCACCUGUCUACGUUGAACCAGCCGCACAACCGAACACACCGACAUCGCAAGAUGAACUUCGGUCUACCAUCGCCUCAUUAAAAGCGUCGACUCUCGCAGCUGAGCAACGAACUGCACUCCUCGACGCUCAGAGUUCUUUGGCCGACAAGCUACACCUCUUCGCAACCACCGAGGGCACCCAGAAAAAAGGUCAUGCACGGCACUUUACUCAGAGAGAAGCUGCAGAGGUCCAAUAUGUCAAAUUUGCUAACGAUGACCUCUCGCAGAACCUCAGCGCAGAGCUGCAAUAUCAAGUCGAAAACAUUGCGAAAUUCGUCAAACCUGUCCACGCCAUUGUUUCCGAGACAUUUAACUCUGACGAUCGUGCUCUCGCUGACUUGAAUGGCGUUGACAUGGACAAGCCAUCAAUAACGCCGCAGAAUGUCGAGUCAGUUCGCGUUCAGACGGAAAGACUGAUUGCUGCACUGCGAUAUUUCCGACAACAGGCUCUCAAAGAUCGCCUUGACCGCAUCUACCUGGAGAGUCUUGAUCCAUUGACCAAUGGUGACGAUCUGAGCGACAUAUCCGAUGCAUCACCAGUCGAAGUCCAGACUGAUCUCGGAUCGCUGUAUACGGAAAUCGAUAAUGUGGUCAGCAUGCUUGUGUCUCAGGAGUACGGAACUCGGUUCGAUUCCGCCCUCAAGACCAUUGAACGGCUCAAGAGCCAAGCUGAUCAUACACGGACCCAUGACAAGUUGCUCUCUAUGACACGGUAUCUGGAACACACAGCGUUAAGACUUGAAAAAAUCCAGGAACAGCGUCUGGCGUUGGAGACAUUGUCCGCCGAGUAUAAGAAAUUCAGUCUGGAAAGUCAAAUCUCUGCCCAAUUAAGCGCACAACGACCCGACGAAUCAAGACGGACGGUCGCUUCUCCAGCUCUUCUCUCUCUAAUGCAGCAUCUUGGAGUAUCAGACUCGGGACUGAAUCAGCUAGGAGAGCAGAUUGAGAAGCUGGAGUCCAAAUACACAAACCACGCCCAUACCAACGUCGAGCAAACUCUUCAAAUAUCCCGAGACGCUCCAAAAUCGACACAAUCGGCGCUGAAGGAUGUAGCGAUUGCGCUUUGUUCGUCGACAUCACAGAAUCAAGACAUCGAGGCUCUCGAACAACAAAUCUCUUCAGCCAGGAUGGAGCUUGCAAACAUCACUGCUUCUGCAUCAUGA